AUGCACACCUUUCUGCAGAAGCUUAGACGAACUAAGACCUUUCCUCCGCCACAACCCCUCCUUAAACAUCAAUUCUCUCACUAUGGCUUGUCGGUCUUUCAGCCUCCGCAAACCUCAGUCCACUAUCUCUUGGAUAGACUAACAUCAGCCGUUGCGCACGCACAUGUCCAUGAACGAGUCCCAAACCGCAUGUUCUGUCCCGCUCUCACCAUUUGUUCACUGCCCGAGCUAAUGCCCAGCCACCACCAACCUCAUCAUCGCUAUCAAAAUGUAUGCCAAGGGUGCUUAUUUCUCUAA